AUGCCUCAUCGUUGUUGCCCAAUCCACAACAUCUUUCAGUUACUCUUUAGCAGUAAAAACACUUAUCCAUUGUAUUUCAUUCACAUCACAGCACUGUUACCAACAGCAACCGUUCAUCACAAUCCAUGCCUCAUCGUUGUUGCCCAAUCCGCAACAUCUUUCAGUUACUCUUUAGCAGUAAAAACACUCAUCCAUUGUAUUUCAUUCACAUCACAGCACUGUUACCAACAGCAACCGUUCAUCACAAAGCCAUCAGGCGCCACCGCUGUCUCACCGCGAACAGCCGAAACUUCAAGUGUGCAGCGAUCCGGUGGCCCCAACGAACCGGAUUUGUCGUUCUUAGAUCCGAGGCGAAAGCAGGAAGUGCAAACACGCACCGAUUUUAUCUAUUAG